GUGAAAGAUUUUAAAAUUACUGACGAUGAUAAAGAAAUUGACAAAUAUGCAGAGUUGAUUAGAAAUGUGGGUGUAGCCAAAAGCAUGCUUGCAGAAGUUACUGACAAAACAAACCAAAAAGAGGCCUUUUCUCUUCCUGGGCUCUGUUGGAGUUUUGGUUUGCUUGAUACUGCUAAUGGAGUAGCUCAAACCUUGUUCGCUUUGGCUCAUGCCAUUGGUCCUGCAAUUCACG